AUGGCUUUGGAGUCGCAAGAUGAAGUUCCAGAAGCAACCAAGUUUCGUACGACAGGUUUGGCUUAUGCUAUGAAGGUGGAGAUAUUGUUUAGAGAUAUAACUGCCACUAGGGAGGGAUCUUGGGCACCAUCCAUAGGGUUGGUUCCUAAUGAUAUUGGUUUCAUAGAUAGUGCAGAAGUAAUGCUUAAUGAAGAUGACAAUGUUGUAGAAGGUUUAGAUGUUUUGGAUGAUGAACCAAAUCUCAAUACACAUGGCAUUGAUGAUAUUCCUGCUGAUUUAGAUACGCAAGAUAAAGGAAAUAAGAAGUUUGGUCUUGCGGUUCAAUGUAAGAAAAGAAAGAAAGGAGUUGAAAUUGUUAGUCAACAUUUGAGUCGUAUUUGUGAUGUAAUAGAAAGUAAGAAUACAAUGACAUCUAAGAGCUACGAUAAGCCUGGAUGUAAUAUUGAAGAGGUCAUGGAUGUUGUUCGGGGGAUUGCUGAAAGAGAAAAUGACAUUGAUAUCCUUAAGUUUGCAACAGAGGUAUUUCUUAAGAGAUCACAUAGAGAGAUGUUUGUGACUAUUAAAGAGCCAUAG